AUGUUAUUACUCUUUCACUAACAUACUUCCUAUAAUCCAGAAUAUGAGAAGAAGCCUCUAAAGCCAAAUUGUGCAUCAAAUGUUAUUCUAAAAGCAAUGCAUGCAUCUUUAUACAACAAAUAUUCCUAUGCUCAAAAUUACUAUUACACUAAUAAUCUCAACAUGAUUAUAAAUAAUCAAGGUAAGCCAUCCAUCGUUCACAUAUAUGAUAAAGAAUACUUUGAAUGCAAGGAGUAUUUGAAUAAAUAUCAUGAUAAAGAGGUUACUCAAAAACUAAAGAAAUUGAUUUCUAUUCAUUAAUACUCUUUGAAUGCUCCUAGAUAUUUCUUUGAACCGAUAAGUUUAGAUCUUUUAGUGGAUAAGAAUUAUACAAAGAAAAGGAAACUGAGAUAAAGAAAUCUAUAAUAAAAAUAGUAGACUCAAUAUAAUAAUAAUAGUAAAUUUAACUUAGCAAAUUAAUUUCUUAAAAUGAAACUCAUAAGUUUUGAUCCAAUUUUGAAGGAUUUGAAUGAUUCAAAGCCAACAACCAUGUAAUAUGUAGACAUGUUGAAGGAAUAUAAUGCCUAUAAUAAGCAAUACAGAAAUGCUUAAUUUAUUAUAGAGAUGGAGUAACAUUAAAAGUAAUCAGUAUUCGAUGAGAAUGUAAAAAUAAGACAGUUCAAUGAAAUCGUCUCUUUCAACAAGAAUUCUAAUCUAUCAGGAUCAACACGUCUAUCAAGUACAAGAAUUCAAAAGGAGCCCAAUAUAAGAAAUAUCUUGAUGCAGCAUUACACCUCACUCAAUUAUUAGAAUUUCAUAAAUCAAAGAAUUUCGUAAUAGGAUGAACAACAUCUGAAUACUAAUAAAGCAAUCUUAAAAAGCACAAAAAAUUAGGAGAAUAUGGGAAAAUACAACAAUAAGGUACAAUUUGCUUAGUACAAAACAAAAAAACCUAAACCUAUUGAUGUGAUGAUGGAAGCUACUAGAUGUUAAUAAUAAUAAUAGUAGCAAAUAUAAAGUAGUAGAGCAAACCCUGAAAACAAGAGGAUUCAAUCUAAACCAUUUCUUAGUCCGAAAGGAUAAGUAACUUCGAAUAUUAAUUUUAGGAGAGUGCCUUCUAAUAUCACUAAACUAAGAUGA